AUGACAGAGGACGAUGAUUCAAAUGUUUUUUACGACAAACGGAGAAGGAUCUACAAUAUCUAUAGAACAGGCCUAUUGGUUUUUACGUCAUUGUACACGUUCUUCUUUGCUGGCGCCUUCUUUGGUUACGGUCCAAUGAUUUUGCUUUUGCAACGAGACGAAGCCUUCUUUUGGAAGUGCGACGAUGAAAAUGAGGAACCGACUUGUCCCGAUCAAAAAAGCCAACUUCUCAACAUCCACUUUGUGGGGACGCUGAUGCAAAUCCUGACUCCCUUUGUUGGACAUUUGUGUGAUACACGAGGACCCUUUGCCACUAUGUUCUACACUGCUGCCACGGCACUUGUGGGGAUUGCCGUGCUGAUUAUUUCUCGGGCGAUACCUAUAGACGAGCUACUGUAUCCGGCCUUUUGCUUUUUGGGAAUGAACGCAUUUGCAACUUCGGUCAUGUGCGUCGCUACAGGCCGGAUAUUCAGCAUUUAUUCCAAGGAGCAAGUCGGUCAAACCGACAUGGGGAAGAUGGAAGAAGCAAAGGUUCCUCAGGAACUAGAUUCAGCGGAUAGUAUGACGAGAUCAUUGGAAGUUUCAGAAGAAGCCAAGAAGGGAUCUGAUAAAGAUCAAGGCGAUGCAGACGACGACUACAAAAGUGAGGAACAAGACGAUGGAUCUCAAGACAAAGGCCCACGUAGAGUGAUCGGAUUUUUGAAUAACUUGUUUGAUGCUGGAAGUGUCACGUAUCUUAUCAUGUGGGUCGCACACAAAAACCUUGGAACAUCUCUUCAAGUCUUGUGUUACUGGUAUUUAGGAGCGGGCGUGCUUAUAUUUGGUGGGACGCUAACUUGCUGGAUGCUCGUUUUGAAGCACCAACAAAAAGACAAGGAAUUGCAAGAAGAAGCCGAUCGAAUACGCAAAUCGAUAGUCACGAUAGCGGAAGGUAGAAGCACUGUCUUGGAAAUGGAGAAGCAAGAAGCAGCACUACAAAAUGACCACGUUGAUGAUUCUUCGACGAAGGAGCCGCAAAUACUUGCAUCGACCGAACAUGCCAACCGAGAAGAAGUAAUGGAGGACGAUAGUAAGGAAGAAUGGAGGGAGCUUUUCUCAGCUUCCUUUCUAUGGCUGGUUGCCUUCUUUGCCUUUCAUGUGGCUCGGAAUAUUUUCGUCCUCACGAGUGCAGAAGCCUUUCUGAAGGAUCUUGGAGAUACCAGCGACAAAUAUAUUUCAAUUUUUACCAUGAUGAUGCCAGCAUCUGUUUUGGGCUUUCCAUUUGUCGAUUGGGCCUUGGGCAAAUUCGGAUAUCACAAAGCUCUGCAACUAAUUAAUUUGUUUGGUCUCGUGCAUGGGAUCAUUCAAAUAUCAGCAACAGCCAACCUCGAUAUCCAAAUCAUUGGCUUUCUUGUCUUUUCUUUUUACCGCUGUUUUCUGUUCUCAGUCAUCUUCGCCUACUUGUCAGCCCUUAUGCCCGAAAAGGUAUUGGGCAAGGCAAAUGGCUUUUUGCACAUUUCAGCGGGUGCUGCUGGCCUAUUGAACAUUCCACUGGGAAAUGCAGCCGUGCAACAAUGGAAUGGGAGCUUUUUCAUUCCUAAUUGCCUCUAUACAUUUGGAAUUCUACCAUUUUUCUAUGCUGCUUAUGGGACGACCGCUGGGAUCCGCAGCAAACAAAACCAAAGACAAAACAGCACAGGAACUACUAUGGGAUUUUCAAAACGGCUUUCCUCCCUUUUUGGCAAUAGUCUGUACCCUUCUCUCUCAGCAACGGAUGAUGAAGUGGCCAAAGCUUGA